AGAUCUGGCACUCGAAAUGGAGCAGGGCAUGAGUGAGGAGCAGCUCCCUGCAUCUCCCCACUGCCCCACACGGGAGGACACCAAUGUCUCGGCCUCUGCGUACCCCCAGUACUGGGUGGAGCCCCGGUUCACCCAGGCAGCGAAGGUCCGUGUGAUCAUCACAGCCAUCUUCUUCCUGCUGGCGGCGGGCAGCAAUGCAGCCGUGCUGGGCAGCCUGCUGAGGAAGAGGAGGAAAUCCCACGUGCAGCCGCUGAUCCUCAGCCUGGCGCUGGCCGACCUGCUGGUGACAGUGAUGGUGAUGCCCCUGGAUGCGGCGUGGAACGUGACAGUGCAGUGGUAUGGAGGGGACAUCUCCUGCAAGAUCCUCAACUUCCUCAAGCUCUUUGCUAUGUACGCAGCUGCCCUGGUGCUGGUGGUCAUCAGCCUGGACCGGCACGCAGCCAUCCUCCAUCCCUUCUCCCGUGCUCACCGCCGCAACGGGAUGCUGCUCCGUGCUGCCUGGGCUGGCAGCGUGCUCCUGGCUUUGCCCCAGCUUUUCCUCUUCCACCUGAACACAAUCCCAGGAAGGAAUUUCACCCAGUGUGUUACUCAUGGGAGCUUCCGAGCACACUGGGAGGAAACUGUCUACAACAUGUUCACCUUCACCACCCUCUACAUCACCCCCCUGAGUGUCAUGAUCGUCUGCUACAUCCGCAUCCUUUGGGAAAUCAGUAAGCAGCUAAAGGUCAAUAAAGGUUUGACAAGAAAUCAAAAUGACCACAUCUCCAAGGCACGCAUGAAGACUCUCAAGAUGACCAUAGUGAUUGUUGCUACAUUCAUCAUCUGCUGGACCCCUUACUAUCUCCUGGGCUUGUGGUACUGGUUCCAGCCAGCCAUGAUCCAGAAGAUGCCAGAGUAUGUCAACCACAGCUUCUUCCUCUUUGGCCUGCUGCACACCUGCACUGACCCUAUCAUUUAUGGACUGUACACCCCUUCCUUUCGGGAGGACGUGCAGCUGUGUCUCAGGGGCAUUGAAACAGCCAUCACCAGGCAAAAGAGACACAAACCCAUCUCAGCCUCAGAGAAGAGCACCAAGGAUGGUGCUGCAAAUGGUGGGGUGGCAUCAGGGGGCUCCAAUGGGACAACUGUCAGCACGGUCUGAUGAAGAGAUGUACCCAUGAGGGGAUGUCAGGCACAGCUUUGGAACUGUUUUGUCCUGUAGGACCAUUUUGGAGACUGUCAUGAUGAGGUUCCCUACUCAGCUUUGGUGGGUGAGGGUUUCUGGACAGAAAUUGAGAAUCUGCCUCCUGCCUGUACUCAGGGUGAAAAAUAUUUGGGGGCAUUUCUGGUCAUUCUGCUGUAUUGUGGCAGCACCGUGACAACUGCAAAAACAUCCUUUUUGUACCUGACACAUGCUCCAGCCCUGAUUCUGGCAUCAAGAUUCUCCACACUUCCAGCAUCAACCUCUGGGAGGAAAUUUACCAUCUCCUCUGUGGUCCAGGGUCCUGUCUCUGGAGUGGCUGGUCUUCAAGUGCCCUUUGCACCUACACCCAGCUGUAGAGCUGCAUGGAUGGUGUCACCCUGAGCCUGCAAAGGUGUGGUUGCAGGCUUUUACUCCGUUUUCUCCACACAUUGUAGGAAAAGCUCUCUGGAAAUUUCAGAUCUCCUGACUCAGAACUUGCCUGGUUCUCCCAUGGCUCUGUGACAAGCCUCUAAAUAGCUGGAGGCUGACUAAUGCAGGAGCUUUCAUGUCCCAGGCAUGGUAGGUAGGGAGGGAGUGCUGUGGGGAUGGAGGGACUCAGGAAAGAGUGGUACAAAGAACCGCAGUGGGGUGAGGUUUCUUCUCUCUUUUGAAGAGAGGCAGAAGGGAAAACAGUCCCUGCUACUGUUUUCUGCUGUGAAGGGGAUGGUACAGACAGACACAGCAGCUCUGUGGGACACGGGGCAAACCAGGAGGGAGAGUAUUUGAGGUAAUGAGAACCACACCUGACACUGCCCAGCCCCCUAGACCUUUCUGUCCCCACAUCCCAGAGCACAAGCUGGCAGGGUGCAGGCCACAUGCUGGACACAUUUGCUUUGCCAUGAGCAACACCAGCCCCUCAUCUCUGCCCCAGCAGAGCAGGUGCAGCCACCCCACAGGUGUUGUUUGAGGUGUCCCAAUGAUGGAAGUGAUGGGAUGAAGCUGAUAGGGGUCCAUCAGCACCUUUAGUGCCAGAUGGAGGUAAACGAGGGCAAGGAGGACUUCUGGAGGGAUCAGCUGAGCUGUGGUGAGUAAUAUGGGUUGUUUGCUUUCUGCCAUCAUGCCAAAAGUUGCUUGUGAAGGCAGAAGUUUCUUCUCUGGGUGUGGAUUGAAGAGAUGCCUUUAUUCAACUGUGUUGUCCUUUCCAGGAGGGAUUUUGCACAUAUCCACGAAGUACCUGAUACAGGCAUGCACAGAUGCUCAGAAGAAUGCUAAGGAGGACGAGGGCUAGGAACACCGAGCCUGAGCAGCUCCUUGCUCUUGAGGUUGGUGCCAUUACAUCUUCUUGGGCCAAGCUGGAUGAGGACAGAGUCCUGCUCCCAGGUAACCCUGCCCAGCACCAGGACUCAGCUCAGGGAAGAGGCAUUUGCUCAGCCUCCUGUAUAUUGUAUUAUUUACACAGCCAUUGGUUGCAUCCCAUUGCCAGGUGGGCAGGUGAUGGGGGUGUUUUUGACACAGGGGACUCCCCCACUGGUACCAUUUAAAAAAAUACAAUUCAUACUUUUUUAAAACUUAAA